CCGAUAGAUAAUUAUCAAGCCAUAUUUGAUCCAAUCAGUUAUUUUUGAUAGAUGUAUAUCCUUCAGCUGUGCGAAAACGAUAAUUUUAUCUCAUCUUAAUGCGGUGGUUUCCACAUUGGCGAUAUAUCCAUAGAAAACUUUGACGUUGAUGCAGAUAUCAGUAACAAGCCCUUGUAUGUAACUUGCUUUUGUUGGUAUGCAGUGAUGAAUAGUAGAGGUAAACCUUUUUAAACCAGCGUAAGCUAUCCAACCUCCAGCAGGUAGAAAAGUAAUGCUGUUCUAGUAGUAACCGAGCUCACCGAGCACGUAAACACUCAACUAUACUGUGUAUCUAGAUAUAUCGCGUAAAUAGUACAUGUAUCUGCUCUAAUCAAGUCGGUCCUUUAAACGGACACCGAAGAAGGAAAAGUUAUUUAUCCGUUCGAAGUCACCGGUCCGUUGUAUUCUCACAGGGGCUUAAUGAUAUCUCGAUGCAAAUUUUUUUGACAAAGCUGAGUAAGGUGGCUGGCGGACAAAGUCGAAAUCAGAUUUGCUGUGACGGAAUCGUGAAAAUUUCCAUCUCCAGUGCUGAAAUCAUCGUGGUUGCAUACUGCCAUUUAGGAACUUUUGAAGUGACAACAAAAUUUGUCUCAAAAAAUAUUACAUUUAGAAUGUACUUCAGUUAAAUAUAACGUAUGUAUUUAUGGAACAGGAUAAAAUUCCAAUUACAUUUUUCGUAUUUUUUUAAAUUUUUAUUUCUUAUUUUUUAUUCUUUAACUUUUUUUUUAAUUUAACGUAUGUUCAGCAGUGUCUUUCAGACAAUAUCUCUAACGAUUUGGUAACGACACUUGGUGAUUCAAGUUGCAAUGCUAUAUGAUAAUAGCCAACUACAGAAAUGGUAUCAGAAAUAAUAUCAAAAUGUUAUUGGCUGAAAAGUAUCAGAAAACGCACCUGGCUCAUUUACGAGCAGAUUUUAAGCGCGUAAAUCUUGGAAGACCUGUUAAGCUUGUAAAGAUGAACUCAUGUUUUUACCAGUCAGACUGGUGUAUGAACUAAUUGACCAAUGGGCUUCGUGUUUCCAACUAACGAUGAAAUCUUCUUGUGAGCAUAACCCUUCUAACAAUAACACUCCUGUCAAAAUGCUAUUAGCUAAAAUAGUGUUGCUGCUCUUUAUCAACGAACACUUCGACUGGCGAACCGCCCAAGCGUUCCUUUUGCCUUCAAAGCAAGUGCGAAUGCGUUCAUCCGUCUGUUUUUAUUCGUGUCGACUGCAGCGCGACGUGGCAAGAAGUUCCAAGGAAGUGGUGCGGAUCGGCAACACAGACGAUCAACUGCGUUUAACAACAGCUGGUCAAAUAUUAGCUUGUCUGCUCACGACGUUGCGGUCAGCACCAGGCUGCGAGCCAGGGGCCAGCCAAACAGACGAUUUGAUUGGUUGUUCUAAAAAUCUCCGCUGGAACGAACGAAGUUUCUUUUGCUGGGAAGACUUCCGGUAGUUGUCAUCUGUUUAGCAACGAUAAACGUGCACCGAAACGGACUGUGUAUUGUUUUAGGAAUUUUUGCAAUACGCAGAGAGACACGAUCCGAGCAAAAGUGACCAUUGUUUUUACUAGUUAGACAUAUACUGUCCAUGGUCAACCAGCCUGUCUGGCAAAUAUAGAGUUAUAAUCAAAGUAGGAACAGACGGGCUCUUCUUCUAUGUGACACUAUUAGGAAGUGACGAGAAUCCAUAUACCAUUAAUUUGAAGUUUUUUUUUAAGUGUAAAAUACAAGACGAAUCAACCUUUUGUGUAGUGGUGCUAGCUUGAUACUUCCGCGAUAGAAAUUCUGUCGCGGCAUAGACCGAGAGCAAACCAAAAAACGAUGGCUAAAUGUGAAAGCGUAGACAAGGAUCUGGAUAAGCUUCUUGAUUCGGCUUUGGAUGACUUCGACAAGCCGAAAACGCAACUAAUGAGUGCGGCUGCCGCUGAAAGCGUUCAAAAACAGCCCCUGGCUGAUGGUGCAAUGCCAGUAACUUCGGAAGUAGACGCAGCCAAAAGUGUGGCACAAAGUGGAGGAGGCACGGCCAACAAUGACGCAGGCUCUGUCCCAGAAGACGAGAGCGCUGCAUGGAAGACGGAAAUUGAAGAAAUUAUGAAAAAAAUUAUGGAUCAAAAUCCGUUGUUUCAGGAGUCGUUGAGUAACAUUGCUCAGCCAGCGUCGAAGACACCUAGCGCCACAAAUGAGUCGGACUCUUCAUCGACAUUCCAGGAAACGUUGGACACAAUCACGAGGGCCAUUCAGCAAUCCCUGCCGCCAGCUGAGAGCAUUAAUGACGGCGGCAGUUAUCGCAUGCUUGACCUAGAUAAACUUCUGGGUAGCUUAGGCUUCGGCGGUGGAGAUAGUGCCGCAGGCAGCAGUGAUGAUGUCGGAGGCUUUAUGCAGAUGAUGCAAGGAGUCAUGCAGAAUCUACUCUCGAAAGAACUCUUGUAUCCGGCACUGAAGGAUUUAACCGAAAAGUACCCGAAGUGGUUGGUCGAAAAUCGUGACAAAACGCCGACAACAGACAUCGUUCGCUACGAGAAGCAGUUGGAAAUUAUGGUUAAGGUGUGUGAAACGUUCGAUGAAGAAAACGACGCGGAUAGUCACGACAUCCGGAAGGAACGAUUCGAAAAAAUUCUUGAGCUGAUGCAGGAAAUGCAGAAGUGUGGUAAUCCUCCGGCAGAACUCAUAGAAACUGGAGAAGUCGUUCCGGGUGUUCCAUCGGGACAGUUACCGAAUAUGCCAACUCCGCCGCCUGAGUGUAGUCAACAGUAGUUAACGUAGCAGCUGCAACGGGACACAAUAAAGUAAUACUAAAGAGUAAUUCUGCUUUGAAAAGUAAAAAAAAACAAACGCUACGGUCACGUGGCUGUAGCUAAUUGCUCUUUGAGAUGACUCAUUAAAGGGAUUUUUUUAAACAAAAAAAAA